GCGAGAAGCACGGGCAUGUCCUCAGAGUUUUGUCCAGAAAGAGCCCUUUCGCUGACCCUGAUGCUUUCGAGCCCGGGGCAGAAACCAUCAGCUACCUGCGGGAAAGCUGCAAAGUUCUGGUGAUUGGCGCUGGCGGCCUUGGAUGUGAAAUCCUCAAGGACCUGGCCUUGUCAGGCUUUCCUGACAUUCAUGUCAUAGACAUGGAUACGAUUGAUGUCACAAACCUGAAUAGGCAGUUCCUCUUUCGGCAGGCAGAUGUUGGCAAGCCCAAAGCAGAAGUUGCAGCAGCCUUCAUCAACCGCCGGCUUGGACACCUCGGGACAAAGGUCACGCCGCAUGUCGGGAAAAUCCAAGACUUCGAUGAGACCUUCUACAGGAAGUUUAACCUCCUCAUCGCCGGUCUGGACAACAUUUCGGCCAGGAGGUGGAUGAACGCAACUCUGCACGACAUGGUCGACCGUACCUCCGGUGAGCCGGACCCGAGCACCAUCAUUCCUCUCAUUGAUGGCGGCACCGAGGGCUUCAAGGGUCAGGCGCGCGUCAUAAUUCCCACGAUGACGUCCUGCUUUGAUUGCUCUUUGGACGCGUUCCCUCCGCAGGUGAACUACCCCCUGUGUACCAUAGCUGAGACGCCUAGACUGCCAGAACACUGCAUUGAAUAUGCGCUGGUGGUGAUGUGGGAGCAACGAUUCCCCGGGCAGAAGAUGAAUGCAGACUCUGUGGCCGACAUGCAGUGGGUUUAUGAGACGGCGAAGGACCGAGCGGAGACCUUCGGCAUACAGGGAGUCACUUACCAGCUUACAAUGGGCGUGGUCAAGCGAAUCAUCCCAGCAAUAGCGUCGACAAAUGCGUUGAUCUCCGCAGCACUUGUCGCAGAGGCAUUGAAGGUUUCUACGUACUGCGGACCCGUUCUCAACAGCUACAUGAUGUACAUGGGACAGACGGGUGUGUACACGCAUACCUUCCCCUACCAGAAGAAAGAUGACUGCAUGGUGUGUGGCGGUGCAAAGCUUACCUUAACACGGCCUCGAAACUCAUCUUUACAGGAGCUGCUUGACUUCCUCAUUGCCAGCCCCACCCACCAGCUGUCCAGGCCCUCAGUGUCGAGUACUAGUGGCAUUGUCUUUAUGCAGAACCCCAAGCCCAUCCGGAUGCAACAUGAGUACAAGCUAAAGAUGAAUUUGGAGGAGCUAACCAAGGCGGACCCGCCUGUGUUCGCAGAAGGUGAAGACCUGACGGUCACCGACCCUAUGUUGCCUACAAAAUUAACUUUGAGAGUAUUCUUGUCCGACAGCUGA